GGCAUAAUCGAUUGUUAAAAUUAUCGAUUUCGAUUAUGGAAAUUACGAAAAACAAAAUUACAUCCCUAGUCAAUAUGGCGGCGCGUCAAUCGUCUAUCUUGUCUACGGUAUAAGCGGCGUGGAGAACUGUCAAAAACCGAACGGUACCGUUUACCGCAUCGAGCAUAAUUUCGACGAAAUAUCUGUGAAAAUGGUUGAGAAUAACGAACUAGAGCUGUCGGAGGCUGAAGCUGAACAGUACGAUCUACAAAUCCGACUAUGGGGUCUGGAAUCUCAGAAACGACUGCGUGCCUCCAAAGUAUUAAUCAUCAGGUUAUCCGGCCUCGGCGCCGAAACUGCAAAGAACAUAAUUCUCUCUGGAGUUAAAAGUGUUUGUUUACUAGACAAUGAAAAACUUAAAGAAGUUGAUUUGUACUCUCAGUUUUUGACUCCGCCCGUUAAGAUCGGCGAGAACCGUGCCGAAGCCUCUUUGACGAGAGCGCGGGCUUUAAACCCAAUGGUGGAUAUAACAGCGGAAACAAAGGGUGUUGACGAGAACCUGCCGGACAACUUCUUUACUGCCUUCGAUGUGCCAUGCGCAACCGGGCUCAAGCAGGAGCAGUUAGAGCGUAUCAACAAUGUUUGCCGCGACAAUAACAAGAAGUUCCUUUGCGGUGACGUUUGGGGUAUGUUCGGGUACAUGUUCUCAGACCUCGUCGACCACGAGUACUCAGAGGAGAUUGUUCAACAUAAAGCCGUGAAACGCGGCCCUGAUGACGAAGAAAGUGCAAGGGAAACAGUAUCCAUCACUGUUAAACGCCGAGCUAUCUACGUGCCGUUACAGAAUGCUUUGUCAGCAGAUUGGUCGAAACCUGAGCUACGCUCUCGUCUCCUGCUGGUGACCCUUCGUACUUAAAGUGAUGAAGAUUUUGUCUACUUCCGAGAUGAGUACAAUAGGAACCCAGACCCGGCAAAGCGAAAAGCUGACACAGAAAUACUAUUGAAAAUGAGAAGUAGACUUGUUAAGGAACUAUCACUACCAGCUGGGUUCGUAACUAAUGAUCUUUUAUCUAAUGUUUUUGGAUUCGUAUCUGGAGCUGCAGCUGUCGUAGGUGGAGUCAUCGACCAGGAAGUAGUCAAGAGGGGUCAGUCAACGCGAGAGCCUCCACAUAACAACAUGUUCUUCUUUAACCCGGUAAAAUACGUUGGAUUUGUAGAACUGUAUGGUCAAUAAGGAUCUUUUUAAUUUUUAGAAUCUAGAAAGCUGUAAUUUUUUAAGUCAAAUUAUAAUUUAAAGGCAGAA